AUGAAGACGUCAGCUUUCUUAUUCCCGUUGCUCAUCUCGUGUGCUGCGGGCAAAACACAACUUACACCAGAGAAGCUUGUUUCAGAUAUUCAAGAGAGCCACCUACGAGACAUUCUCACCACCUUCGACACUAUUGCUAGCCAAAAUGGAGGGACGCGAGCUUUCGGGUUGCCGGGCUUCAAUGCAUCCCUAAAAUAUGUAAUUGAAUACAUGAAUCGGAAUUCCAGUUCGUGCUCCAAGUACGAUACGACUAUUCAGCCUUUCAGACAUCUCUUCUCCCAAACCAAACACAUAUCACUGCUUGGCCCGCAGCAGGAAGCCGUUGACGUGAUCUCGUUACAAUACAAUCACCCUACCCCACUUCCAGAUGGACUACAUGCUCCCUUAGUGAGUAUUCCAGUCGACGAUGAGCGAGGAACCGGAUGCUUCGAUGAUCAAUGGAGCGGCGUCGACGUUAGUGGGAAAAUCGCAUUGGUCAAGAGAGGGAAAUGCCAUUUCGUGCAAGUUCUGAAGCUCGCCAAGGCACAUGGAGCCUCCGCAGCCAUCAUUUUCAACAACGUACCGAAUGUGAAGGGCGGUUCAGCAUCUCUGGGCGCUGAAAAUUACGGUACACUCGUCCCAUUGGGUGUCAUUACCUACGAGCAAGGCAUGGCUUGGUAUGAGCGAUUACAGACCGGAGAGGUUUUCAAUGUCCAUCUCACCAUCGAGACUCUAACCGAGAAUCGCGACACGUGGCAAAUACUACUUGAAACGAAAGGGGGCGACCCCGAUAAUGUCAUCAUGCUGGGCGCUCAUCUCGACUCUGUGCAAGAGGGUGCUGGGAUCAACGACAAUGCAAGUGGUGUUGCUGCAUUGCUCACGAUAGCCAAAUCAAUUGAGAAGUACCAACUCAGGAAUAAGGUCCGGUUUGCGUUCUGGGGAGCAGAAGAGAGCGGGAUGAUUGGCUCAAGCCAUUAUGUUUCGACUCUAACCGCCGCGGAGCUGGACAGGAUCCGAUUUUACUUCAACUAUGACAUGAUUGCAUCUCCAAGUCCAGCCAGUAUUGUCUAUGCGACUUCAGAAGGCGAUAAGAAGGGUGCUCAGUUUCUCUACGACUUCCUCAAAGAGAAUAGUCGCUCUCCCGAGUUUGCAACCUUUGGAAGCUCAUCUGACUACGUUGCCUUUCUUGAUGCUGGAAUCCCCUCUUCUGGCAUAUUUACCGGUGCUGGUAAACCAUACGAUGUGUGUUAUCAUACAUCUUGCGAUGAUUUGUCGAAUAUCAACUGGGAUGCCCUGGUCAUAAAUGCGAAGGCCGCAGCCUAUGGCGUUGCGCAGCUUGCUCUCUUGGAUCCAGAGAGUCUCACAAAACGCGGAGAGACUAAUCUAAAUUCAAGGAGCGUAUACGGUGCAUCGCGGAAUCUGGUUCGCUGGGCUGAUCCCGCUAGAGAUGCGGAAAAGCGACAUGAUUGUGGUGGAAGCGCCUACUGA